AUAGCUUCCUUCUCCGUCCAAGACAGCCAGUCACAGACCAGGAUGAAGUCCAUCCAGUUCUGCUUCUUUUUCUGUUGCUGGAAAGCGAUCUGCUGCAAUGGCUGUGAGCUGACCAACAUCACCAUCACGGUGGAGAGGGAGGAGUGCAGAUUCUGCAUCAGCGUCAACACCACCUGGUGCGCAGGAUACUGUUACACCAGGGAUCUGGUGUACAGGGACCCUGCCAGGCCCAACAUCCAGAAGACAUGCACCUUCAAGGAGCUGGUGUAUGAGACCGUGAGAGUGCCUGGCUGUGCCCACCAUGCAGACUCCCUGUACACGUACCCCGUGGCCACAGAGUGUCAGUGCGGCAAAUGUGACAGCGACAGCACUGACUGCACUGUACGGGGCCUGGGGCCCAGCUACUGCUCCUUCAGUGAGAUCAAGGAGUAAAGGAUGAUGGACACAGCACAGUCCAUGAGGACCUGAUACCCAGAUGUCUAUGUGUGAGCGCCAGGUCCAGGCACUGAUCUUGCAUGAGGGGACAUCAGACUGCAAUGACCCCUGCUGUGGAAUGGGACCACAGAAGCUGAGGGUGCUGGGGUGAAGCCCACCCUCCAACAUCCCACAUCCCUCACUCUUGGUCUAUAAGUUUUAUUCAGUCUUACAGAUCUGUGCAUUCUUUCCUCUUCAGCAAUCAUAGGCAUCCUCUCAGGCAACCCUUUCCUUUUAGACAGAGGGAUACACAACUCCAGUAGACAGGGGAGAGAACUAAAGGAAGCACAGUCAUCUUCUGCUAGACUUUGGGGAUUGAGGAGCAUGGCCCACAUCUUCCUCAACGCCUAGCACUGUGCCUAGAACUGGGCAAGAAACCCAACAGUGGCUUCCUUGAGGAAACCAAGUUCAGAAAGGUACAGCACUGGGAAGGCUGAGAGGAGCAGUGUGAGGCUGGCCGAGCACCUACCCAGAAAUGCCAGCUCUGGAUGUGGUGGCCUCUCUUCUCCCUCUGCUCCUCCCUGGCACAUGCACUCCUCAGGCAGAAGUGUCUCUGUGAGUUGCCGGAUGCAGAUGAGGACAACAGAGUUGAAGAUUUCCAAGCUGUUGUUAUCAAGCACUACAGCUAAGAGCAAUAAAUGUUCAUUUGGGGCUGUUGAAAUUAGCUCACAUUAUCCACUACUUUAAAAAUGAAGCAAUUACUUCAAGAAUCCCCUUAUUUGUAGAAGGGGCAGGCAUUGGAAGUAGGUUUGAAAGGCAUUUCAGCAACUUUAUAUAUUCAACUCGUCUAUGACUCUUUCAGAAAGACUUAGCCAAGGUAGAGGGGACCACUGUUUACUAAGGUCCUCUUCAUGUCAGUCUAAGCUUCUGUCUAUCUUCUCCCAAACCUAUGAUAUCUUUCAACAGUGUAUAUAUUGAAACUAUUUCACAGAUUGUUUUCUUUUGAAGUUGGUACGUACUUGUUCCAUGUUUAUAAUGUUUAAUUUAUUUAAAUCUUAUUUUUUUAAUAAAGAUGUUAGCACAA